AAUAAACAAUGGAUCGUCUAACGGAACUUAGAAAUAUAGCUUCACCUUCCAGUGAAAGGGAAGAUGACGACGUUAUACAAGCAGCUUCACGUGUACUGCAUGGAGACUAUCAGCAAGAACAAGGAAACGAGCAACCUCAGGAAGAAGAAAAGAAGAAUAUUCUAGACGAGAUGGAAAAUGGUCUUGCAAAGCUACAACGCAAGUUCUUUUCACCCUUUUCCAGCAAGACACACGGCAACGAGGACCUUGAAAGUAGUCGUCAGCAAUCUGGACAGACAAACCAAAGUGCUGGAGCUGUAGAAGAUAAUGUCUUAUCUAGCUUUUAUGAAGACGUCGACUCAGUGAAGGCUCUCAUUGAAAAACUAAAACUUCAAACGAAAGCUGUUGCACAAAAACACCGUGCGUUACUUGAAAACCCAACUAACGCUUCGAAGUUCGAGGAAGAACUGAUGACAGAGACUUCGUUGGCAAGAGAACUUGCCGUUGGGAUUAAGAGACGUUUGGAUAGAAUGAAAGAGUUACAAAACAAAGUCGAGAGAGAAAAAGGGCAAGGAUCUAGUGAGUCUCGCAUUAUUGUUGGGACACAAGGUGCUUUAGCCAAGCGUUUUAUGAAUGCUAUGCGUGAAUUUCAAAAUGUACAGGAAGAAUGUGAAAAUGACAUGAGAGAUCAGGCGGAAAGACAACUGAAAAUCAUCAACCCGAAGAUAACCAAGACAGAAGUGGAUACAGUCUUAGAUGCUACUGGUUCAGGUGGUAAUGCAAGUUCAGAAAUUUUACGACAGCAGAUGUUGAUGGCUCGAGACGGUGAUUAUAAUUCCAUUCGACUAGUUAUGGAGGAUGUGGAAGAACGCACUCGUGCUAUGCGUCAGUUGGAAGAGAAUAUUCAAGAAUUAAGACAAAUGUUUCUGGACAUGAGUGUAUUAGUGGAGGCUCAGGGAGAGACCAUUGACCAAAUUGAAAGCAAUAUAAGUAGUGCAAAGGCCAGUACCAAAACGGCUGCUUCUCAGUUGAGAGGUGCUCGUAAGCAUCAGAAAAGAUACUAUCGUCUACUAUUCUGUCUCUUUUGUUGCUUGAUUAUUUUACUUAUAGCCAUUCUGGUCCCUAUUGGAGUGGCAGUUAUUCGUCCAAAUAAUGGAGGAUAGAUAGAAAAAUUCUAAAUAUUCUGCUUUUGUAGAGCAAUCUAUAUAUGAAGUUAUUGGAAAUAAGUGUAGCAAAAGAUUUGCAAUGAAAAAGAAUGAUCGGGAAACUAACAAAUGGAACUGCUCAAAACCGAUAAAGUCUUAUUGCCAACC